AUGUGUCACAUCAGAGUGCAUGAGUUACCUGAGUGCGUGCCCGGGUGCCGUGAGUGCGUGCCCGGGUGCCGUGAGUGCGUGCCCGGGUGCCGUGAGUGCGUGCCCGGGUGCCGUGAGUGCGUGCCCGGGUGCCGUGAGUGCGUGCCCGGGUGCCGUGAGUGCGUGCCCGGAUUCCUUGAGUGCAUGCCCGGGUUCCUUGAGUGCAUGCCCGGGUUCCGUGAGUGCAUGCCCGGGUUCCGUGAGUGCAUGCCCGGGUUCCUUGAGUGCAUGCCCGGGUUGCACCACCAGAGGGCCUCCAAGACCACCAGAGGGCCUCCAAGACCACCGGAGGGCCUCCAAGACCACCAGAGGGCCACCAAUAUCAUCAGAGGGACAACAGAGGGCCUCCAAGACCACCAGAGGGCCUCCAAGACCACCAGAAGGCCACCAAGACCACCAGAGAGCCUCCAAGACCACCAGAGGGCCUCCAAGACCACCAUAGGGCCUCCAAGACCACCAGAGGGCCUCCAAGACCACCAGAGGGCCUCCAAGACCACCAGAAGGCCACCAAGACCACCAGGGGGCCACCAAUAUCAUCAGAGGGACAACAGAGGGCCUCCAAGACCACCAGAGGGCCUCCAAGACCACCAGAGGGCCUCCAAGACCACCAGAGGGCCUCCAAGACCACCAGAGGGCCUCCAAGACCACCAGAGGGCCUCCAAGACCACCAGAAGGCCACCAAGACCACCAGGGGGCCACCAAUAUCAUCAGAGGGACAACAGAGGGCCUCCAAGACCACCGGAGGGCCACGAAGAGCACCAGAGGGCCAUCUUGAUCACCGGAGGGCCUCCAAGACCAUCAGAGAGCCACCAGAGGGUCUCCAAGACCACCAGAGGGCCACCAAGAGCACCAGAGGGCCACCUUGACCACCAGAGGGCCUCCAAGACCAUCAGAGAGCCACCAGAGGGUCUCCAAGACCACCAGAGGGCCUCCAAGACCACCAAGACCACCAGAGGGCCACCAGAAGGCCACCAAGACCACCAGAGGGCCUCCAAGACCACCAAGACCAGCAGAGGGGUCACCAGAGGGCCACCAGAGGGCCACCAAGACCACCAGAGGGCCUCCAAGACCACCAAGACCAGCAGAGGGGUCACCAGAGGGCCACCAGAGGGCCACCAAGACCACCAGAGGGCCUCCAAGACCACCAAGACCAGCAGAGGGGUCACCAGAGGGCCACCAAGACCACCAGAGGGCCUCCAAGACCACCAAGACCAGCAGAGGGCCUCCAAGACCACCAAGACCAACAGAGGGCCUCCAAGACCACCAAGACCAACAGAGGGCCUCCAAGACCACCAAGACCAACAGAGGGCCUCCAAGACCACCAAGACCACCAGAGGGCUACUGGACCACCAAAGGGCCACCAAGACCACCAGAGGGCCGCCAAGACCACCAGAGGGCUACUGGACCACCAAAGGGCCACCAAGACCACCAGAGGGCCACCAAGAUCACCAGAGGGGGGAGCAGCCAUUGUCUAGGCGGUCCAGCCCUCCAACAGCCCUCCAACAGCCCUCCAACAGCCCUCCAACAACCCUCCAACAGCCCUCCAACAGCCCUCCAACAACCCUACAACAGCCUUACAACAGCCCUCCAACAGCCCUCCAACAGCCCUCCAACAGCCCUCCAACAACCCUCCAACAGCCCUACAACAGCCCUCCAACAGCCCUCCAACAGCCCUCCAACAGCCCUGCAACAGCCCUCCAACAGCCCUCCAACAACCCUCCAACAACCCUCCAACAGCCCUCCAACAGCCCUCCAACAGCCCUCCAACAGCCCUCCAACAGCCCUACAGCAGCCCUCCAACAGCCCUACAACAACCCUACAACAGCCCUCCAACAGCCCUCCAACAGCCCUCCAACAGCCCUACAACAGCCCUCCAACAGCCCUCCAACAGCCCUACAACAGCCCUCCAACAGCCCUCCAACAGCCCUCCAACAGCCCUCCAACAGCCCUCCAACAGCCCUACAACAGCCCUACAACAGCCCUCCAACAGCCCUACAACAGCCCUCCAACAGCCCUACAACAGCCCUCCAACAGCCCUCCAACAGCCCUACAACAGCCCUCCAACAGCCCUCCAACAGCCCUCCAACAGCCCUCCAACAGUCCUCCAACAGCCCUACAACAGCCCUACAACAGCCCUCCAACAGCUCUCCAACAGCCCUCCAACAGCCCUACAACAGCUCUCCAACAGCCCUACAACAGCCCUCCAACCACCCUCCAACAGCCCUCCAACAACCCUACAACAGCUCUCCAACAACCCUACAACAGCUCUACAACAGCCCUCCAACAGCACUCCAACAGCCCUACAACAACCCUCCAACAGCCCUCCAACAGCCCUCCAACAGCUCUCCAACAGCCCUCCAACAGCCCUACAACAGCUCUCCAACAGCCCUACAACAGCCCUCCAACAGCCCUCCAACAGCCCUCCAACAGCCCUCCAACAGCCCUCCAACAAACUGUGUCAAUAUUGUGACCAAGCCACUAGGGCUACAAUAG